UUCGUGCUUUGGUUAAAUGGAUUUAAACACGAUGAACUGUGAUUCAAGCUAUUUAUAGCUAUGGGAUAUGAGAGUCCUAUGUCACUUAAAAUUGAGAUAAACAUAGAGAAUGAACUCGGAGUUUUUGAGCCUCGAGAUGAUGUUGCUGGUCAUAUAUUAAUAAAAACUGAAGAAGAUACAGAAAUUGAUAGUUGUAUUGUGUGGUUAUAUGGAUUGGCUAAAACCCGUUGGAAUAUUGAAAAUGAAAGCUAUAUGAAUAGACCUGGUUCAUUAGCAAGUGGAAUUAAUUUAUCAAGAUCUAUUUCAAAUUUUAAAAAAUUCACUAAUACCAAUGUUUGUAUUACGGAAAAUAAAAUUUGCAAAUUACUUUCAAAUGCAUCAAAUGUUUUGAAACAAACAAAAUCAUGUAAAUCGUAUGAAACUGUAUCGCCACGUACACAUUUAACUUGUUGUGCUGAUCGUGGUUACUUAUCUGAUACACAUUUUAAAUCCAAUUGUAAUUAUAAUCAUUCGUCAUGUGCAUUAGAUCAUGAUUUAAUUUGUGAAUCACGAAUUGGUGAGUCAUGGAUUUCAGCUUCAGGAUCGUUUACAUCUUCAUUGGAUGCUGAAAGCAGUAUUAAAAGUAGUCAAAGUUUUAAUAAAUUAGUUUCACCAGGUUCUACUAUUAAUAAUAACGAUUAUCCUCCGAGAUCAUUUCAACAGAUAACGAAAACAACAGACAAAAUAUAUGAUUCAACAUGUCUUCCUAAUUUCUGUUUAGAACAAUGGAAAAGAUUAUUUGAAAUGGAUGAGGAGAAGAAAGAAUGUGUAUAUCAUGGUGAUUUACAAUUAAUUUAUAAAUCGAAACUUGAUUUGCUUAAACAAUACAAUGAUGUUUUGUCAAGUAAACAUAUGGAGAAAACUGGUCAGUUAGCAACAAGUAGCACUACUGAAACAUUGAAAAGUGAUAAUAAUUUAAACAAAACCCCAAAUGACAUUGAAUUACAUUAUGAUAAGUUUAGUUUAAAUGAGCAAACAAAUAAACAUAUAUUGUCGAAUAAUACUAAUAAAAAUUAUCAUGAUCUAGUAAAUGAUAAUAAUAAUACCAGUGAAAAAUUACAAUCAUCCAUUGAUAAACAUAGCAGAACAAAAACAAAAUUUACAUUGACACGUGGUAUACAUGUAUUUUACUUUGAAUUUCAACUACCAGCAGAUUUGCCUAGUACAUUUGAAUUACCGACAAACUGUUUGGCUGGUGGUGCAUCAGCAUCUAUUACAUAUGCUGUACGUAUUGAAUUACGUAAUAAUCGUUUAAAAUUAAGGCAUAUACAACAACGUGAAAUUAUUGUAUUCAGACCAUUAGAAUUAAUACAUUUCCCCAGAUUAAGAUGUAAAGAAAUCAAAUUUUUUGGGGAUAGAAAAAAUAGAAAUGAAGUACCAUCUUUUAUGCUGCAUAGUCAUUUAUUGAGUUAUAUCGAGGUUAUAAUUCUAAGAGAUUUAGGAGUAAUCUUAAUAACUGAAAGUUGGCAAAAUUAUUUUACAUCACAACAAUAUUUUGUUAAAAAAUCAAUUAGUGUUUGUCAUUUGGCUAUUAUAAAGGAUCGAAUAACAUUACAUCGAGAAUUUGUAUCAUUAGGCUGUUGUUCACAUCCAAGUGGAUUAAUUCUAUGCGAUUUAGCCGUGAAUAAAACUGGAUUUGUUCCCGGGGAAACAAUUAUUCCUCAAGUUCAUAUCACUAAUCGAUCUAGUCGUGCUAUACAAACUGUACAUUUAACAUUUGCACAGACAGUCUUUUUAAAAGGUAUCAAUAAACAAAAUCAUAUUGAAGUUUUACGUAUUUUUGCGACAAGAUUAAAUGCUCAAUCAACAUUGUCCGGAUAUAAUUUAUUUGAACAAUUAGAUAUGAAUAAAAUUUCUGGUGUAUUUUCUUCAUCAAAUUCAUUUUCAUCAAGAAGUUCAACAAAUCGUUUUGAACGUAGUGAACAACAACAAAAAACACAUCGAUAUAACAAUGUAAAUAGUAAAAAUGAUAAACAGAUUAAAUCCCAAACAAAACAUAAACACCGACAAAAAUUACAUCAGAAUUCUUUAUCAACAAAUAUUAUCGCUGUACCAGAUCAAGGUGGUCAAGCAUAUUUCACAGAUUUAAUACAUGUACCACCUCUCCCAACUAGUGGAUUAUUUGGUAGACAAAAUUUAAUUUAUUUAGAAUAUUCGUUAAUUUUACGACUUCGUAUGCAAGGUGAUAGAGAAGGUAAGCAUGAUCACUGUAUGCAAAUCCCAAUUACAAUCGGUUCUGACCCAACUAGAGAAACAUCGUUCAUUGGAAAUGAUGAAGUUGUACCUUGUUAUGCAUCAUUUGAUUUUGCUUCUGGUGAUAUUAUAGAAUAUGAUCCAUUAAAUCAAUCUAAUUCAAUACGUUUAACUCCGGUUUAUAGAUAUUUUAAACCGAAACCUAUUGAGCAAUCACCAAAUAAAUUAAAUAAUAUAAAAUUUUCUUCUAAUUCACCAUUAAAUAAUAAUAAUAAUAAUAGUGUAAAAUCAUUACAAAUUCUAUCAAAAUCUAGUCCUUCAAUAUUAAAACAACCGAAUAUUAUAAAUACUUCAACUAAUAAUAUACCUAUUACAAAAGAUAAUCAUCAAAAUUCAUUGAAAUCUACAAAAUCAUUAUCAUCACCAUCAUCAUCGUCAUCAUCACUUUGUCAUGAUAAGGAAUUCAUUCCACAGAAACAAUAUAAUCAAUCAUUGAAUAAUACAACUUGUUUGGUUAAUAAUAAUAAUAAUAAUAAUAAUAAUAAUAAUAAUAAUAAUGUAAUGAUAACUACUAUUCCAGGAUUAUUGAAUUCUGAUGAUCCUAAAUCAGAGAAUUAUUCACAUAAACAAUUUCCAAAUAAAAAGCUCAAACCUACUUCAUUGAAUAAAUUAAAACGUCAAAAUAAUAUUCAAGACAUAACACCAAUACAUAAAAUGAAUAAUAUGAAUUCAAUUGAUUUAAUAACUAUGAGAAAUGAAUCACCUCAAUUACGUUUAUCAAAUCAACAAUAUUUUGAUGAUGGUAAUAUAACGUUACGUGAUAUAACAAUAAUGAAUAUUGAAAAUAAAAUUAAUUCAUUAUCCUCUAAAUUGAAAUCAUUGAAAAAAACACAAUCUGAUGCUUUUAAUUUAUCAAAAUCUAAAAAACAAAACUAUAAACAACAAUCAUUAACAAAUUAUCAUAAGAAAUAUUCAGAGAAAAAUGAAAAAGCACAUUUGGUAUCUGAUCAUUCCUCUUCAACAUCAUUACCUCAUCAUCAUCAACAUCAUGAACAUCGUCUUCAGAAUUAUUAUCACCAUCAUCAUUCUUCUACUUCUCCACCAUGUUUAGAAAAUUCUAAAUUAGAAUAUAAAUGUAAAUCGCAAACAAACAUUCCGAUUCAUCAGUAUUUAAAUGAUUUAUUAUUAGAUCAACCAUUAUCAUAUGAUGUAAUUAAUAAAAAUGUAAAAAUUACACGAAAUCAAUCCAAUGAUCAUAGUUAUUGUUAUAAUUUAGAUUCUAUUCAUGCAAACCAAAUGGAUUAUACAAACGUUAUUCAUAAUGAUAGUGAUAAUGAUGGUGAUGAUGAUGAUGAUGACGAAAACGACGUGGAAGAAGUUGAUGAUGAAGAGGGGGAGGACAAUGAGAAUGACGAAGAAGACACUGAUGAAGAUGAUGGGGAUGAAGAAGAUGAUGAAGAUGAUGGUGGUGAAGAAGAAGGCAAUAUUCCAUCUGGAAAUAAUAACUAUGAUGAUAUCACUAGUGAUGAAAUAAAUAAAUAUACAAUGAAAACUAAUCAAUUUCAUACAUAUCCGUGUGAUACUUUAAAAUACUGUACAGAUAAAAUACCUAAACUAGAUAAAAUAUCAAUUAAACCGCAUGAAAAUUUUGAUAAUUCUUAUCACACUGAUGAUAACGUUGACAAAGAGAGUGACGAUGAAGAUGACAGGGAUAAUGACAAUCAAAUAGUGGAUAGAAUUAACAACCUAAAAGAUAAUCGUCAAAUAGGAGAUUAUGAAGAAGUAACACUAAAGCAAUAUGAUACACAGUCAAAACAUAUUUUAAGCAUAUCUUAUGAAGAUUCAACUAAUGAAAAUGAUAAUACAUCAUCCGACAUAACAGAUUUAUAUCAUAAAGUUCAAAAAAUAUCAGAUAAUAAACAGAUUUCAUUGAAUUAUAGAUUUAAACAAGCCAAAGAUUUAUACAAUGCUUAUUGGAAUUGUCCAAAAGUGGCACCUAUUGUAGGUCGUAAGUCUGAUACUGAUGGAUUUUGGACGUAUGGUCAUGGAAGUACCAAUGAAAACAAUAAUAAUAAUAAUAAUAAUAAUAAUAAUAAUAAUACUGACUCGUAA